AGAGCGAGCGCCAGGCUGGAGCUCACCGAGGCGCAGAAGCGGGAUAUCCGCAAGGCUUUCGACCUGUUUGACACGGGCGGCACCGGGAACAUAGAUGUUAAGGAGCUAAAGGUGGCCAUGAGAGCACUUGGGUAUGAACCUAGAAGAGAAGAGAUCAAGAAAAUGGUAUCAGAUAUCGAUAAGGAAGGAACAGGAAAGAUCAGCUUCAGUGGCUUCUUCAGAGUGAUAACACAGAAAAUGGUUGAAAAAGAUUCCAAAGAGGAGAUUCUCAAAGUCUUCAAACUCUUUGAUGACGAUGAAACUGGCAAAAUCUCUUUCAAAAACCUCAAACGUGUCUCCAGAGAACUGGGCGAGAAUCUCACGGAUGAGGAGCUGCAGGAAAUGAUCGAUGUAGCGGACAGAGACAGGGAUGGGCAAGUGAACGAGCAGGAAUUCCUGAGCAUCAUGAACAAGACCAGCCUUUACUGA